AUGCAGCUGCUCCUGCUGACGGCCGGGCUGGGCCUGCUCUGGGCGCUAGAAGAACAGAGGCCUCAGCUGGUGCCAGCCUCCAGUGGACAGCUCUUAGGCAAGUGGUACAUCCAGCUCUGGGUGGGAACCCUGCCUAUUCCUGCCCAGCGGAGGAGCCACCCGCUGCCUCCCUUCACCUUCGUCAUGAACCAGCUCCAGAAGCUGGAAUUCAGGAUGAACCUCACGAAGCCCAUCGGAUGCCUACCCUACAAGAUGUCCCUGUCCCUGGGCAAUGACCCUGGCUCUUUCUACACUGGGUGGCGGCACCGCAUCCGCAUCACGUUCCUGCCAGGGAAGCAGUUUGCCAUCGCGUACUUCAGUGGCACCAUGGUCCAGACCUUCCACCAGAUGAUGAUGCUCAUGGGCCGCACCCCGGACAAGGACCCGGAGGCCACGAGGACCUUUGAGGAGUUUGUGGAGAGCAAAGGGCUGAACAGGAGCGACAUCGCCAGGCCCCCCCAAGUCGAGCUGGCCACGGUCAUGGCCAGGAAGGGACUGGCCAACCUCUCGGCCAAGUUCCGGGGGACCCUGUGCUCAGCUAUAAAAGGGCGGUGGGGAGAGGAGCUGGCCCAGCCUCUCUCAGACCUGGAGAGUGACCUGUCGGAGCUGUGA